AUGCUAGGAAAAACCUGGAAUGAAGAAGAGACUGUUAUGGCCCCCUACACAGCCGCACUUACUUGCCUUGGAAUAGGCUUACCCGCCCUCAGUAUCCCUCCUUCCCCUCGUAGUCAAGUCUUCUGUAUAUCAUCUCCUCCACUAAUUUUCUCCUCAAACUCAUCAGUCUCCCUGCGCUACGAUGCUGUAGAGAUAAAUCUUUGUUGUAUGGUAGGCGGUUCACAGGUAAUGUUGCCUCUACCAAUGGCAGCUCUGGUCAGUUUAUCCAUUACCUUUAAACUUGACAAGAGCCUGGAGUACAUGCAUGCUAUUACUGGAGCAGCUUUGGAACAUUGUGCAUCUGGUUGCCCUUGGCCUAGCAUGCCUAUAAUUGGCUCUCUAUGGGCCCAAAAGGUUCGCCGCUGGCACAACUUCAUUGUUGUAUCAGGUUCCCGAUCUGUGUUUAGACAUAACAAUGAAUCUGUUGCUCAGCUGUUGAGAAGUUGUUUCACCUCAUUCAUUGGAACAUUGUCUGUUUCAACCUCAAAGCUGACUGCUGAGUGUAGUGUUAAUGGCCUGUUGGGUAGCACCAUUACUGCCCCUGGUGCCUAUCCUUAUGUUGCUCCUGGAUUCCUUUUCCUUCGAUCUUGUAGAAAUAUACACAAUGUGCAGUAUGUAAACGAUAUAAUUGUGGGUCUUGUGACAGAGUACUCUAGUGAAUUAGCUGGCAGACGGUCGGGUGCUGGCUCUUGCCACAUAAAAUCCAAUGAAGCAUCACUGGCUGUGGCCGCUCAAAGUGCAAAAGAGGUGGCCACACUUGGUGCAAGUCUUCUAUGUGCGGCAGGUGGUAUGAUACUGGUUCAGGAAUUGUACAAGGAGACAAUUCCUACCUGGCUGCUGUCGUCAAGGGAUGUGAAGCAAAACAACGAUAGUGUUGCGUCGUAUGUACUUGAGGGUUAUGGUAUGGCAUAUCUGUUGAUAUUGUCAGGGUCAAUUAUUUGGGGUGUUGGCACCAAACUAGCACCGGGGACUUUCACUAGAAGGAGUCGUACCAUUGAGGUUCAUUUGGACUUCUUGGCAGAAGUCAUGGAGAAGAAAAUUUCACUCAGUUGCAAUCCUAUUACAUGGAAAACUUACGUCUGCUGUUUCGUAGGAUUAAUGGUUAGUCUUGCACCUGUAUGGGUUCAUGAAGUUAAGUUGGAUACUUUGAGGAAAUUGGCGCGUGGAUUAAGCAGAUGGAAUGAACAAGAACUUGCACUAUCUCUACUACAUAGAGGGGGCACGGCAGCUAUGGGAGCUCUUGCCGAACUUGUCAAUGUCAUCGAGUCUGAACAUAUACUGCCGUCCUCAUAA